AUGGCGAGGGUUGGAUGCCGAAGAAAAUUGAAUGAAAUCAACAAGCUCGAUCAAUGCUGGGCUCAGAGUCGCAGUGCUGUUUACAAGGCUAAAAAGGAAUACUUUAAAACGGCGAAAGAUGCUGAGGCGGCAAAGAUGAAUAUUUCGAGGAGUCAGCAAGCGGAGGCAGCGAAGUCGAGCUACGCGAAGCAAGUACAGGAAGCAAACGACUACCAGCACAAGUAUCUAACUGAUCUGCUACCGGAAGUGCUUGAGGCACUGUGCGAGCUGGAUAGCAGUCGCGUGAUGCACGUGCAGAGGCUGCUGAAGAAGUGCAUAGAAAUCGAACGGUCGGUAUUGCCAGUGAUGGAGAAAUGCUUGGAUGAUAUGAUGAACGAGACGGACCGUAUAAACCCAGCCGAGGACUGCGAGGCAGUCGUCGAGCGCUACCGCACCGGCUACGGUUUGCCGGACGACAUCAGUUUUCACGAGUACUCGGCCGAGGGAUGUUCGACCACGUCGGCGUCCGAACUGUCGAACGGCGCGUCACAGACGAUCAGUGCUGAAAGCUGGAGCCAGGGCGACUUGUUGAGCCGGAAGGAAACGAGGAAUCUACAUCGCGCACUGUCCGGACGCAAGAAGGGCACGUUUCGAAAAAUAUUCAGGAGCAGGACGGAAGACUAUUCGAAGAACAUGCUAGAAGAUCUGCCGCCCUUGCAGCAGUGCAAGAGAUUGGAGUUUCUUCUGGCAGACUGCAAGAAACAGCUGAAGAACAGACUGGAAAUGAAGGAUGGCCUGAUCAAGCUACAGACGGCCUACAGCGAAACUCCAAAGUUUGGGUCCGCCGCCGAAGUUCAAACGAAUCUCGAAUCAUGUGAGAGCGAAAUCAACGUUCUGUCGAUGGAACUGCAGAGACUUGAGGUAUUCGCCGCCAUCAUCUAA